UGGCAGCACUGUGUUCCUGUUAGAGCCACCAGCACAAGCACCAGACGAUGCUGAUCCAGGUGAAGGCCCCAGUGCAGCAGCAACAGCACAUGAUGGAGACGAUGAUGAGGAGGAGACCAUCUCUCUGGAUUCCAGAAGGCAUGAGGACCCAGAUGCUAUACAGUGGGAAAACCAGCCUGGCAACAUAAGCUCACAAGCUAUCAGAAAGUUGUAUGGCAACCACCUCCGGCGCCAAAUAGAACUGGCAGACAUAGACAUUCAGUACAAGAAGAAAAAGAUGGAAAAUCUUGCACUGGAGUCCGAAAUAAAAAAGAGGACAAUUAGGAAACUGGACCUUGAAAUAAAAAAACUUGAGAGGGAGGUGAGAUAUGCCUUCAAUGUACACUGUAUGCUAACUGUAACACAAAUGUAUUAAUCAUUAUUUUUCUUUCCUCCCCCAGCUCCAAGAAGAUGACACAGCUGAAAAUAAAAAUUAGGUAUAUUCUCGUAAAGUCAAGUGAGCCAUGACAUAUGAGCUCUUAUUGUGAGCACACAGGACGGUGGCAUCUUUCUAAGGUUUUUUUUAUUUUCCCAGCAAUCAGUACAACCAAGUCAUCGUUAUAAGGCAUCGCCCUCUUUUGCCCACCCCCCCAGCACCAGGUGUGGCCACUAGCCUAUAUGAAGGCCCAAAAUUGUGUGUUCCUUUCUGCUCUGACAAUGGCAUGCCCAUUCGUGCGAGAUGUGGUGGAUGAAGAAGCACUUGUGCUGAGGAGAGCCUUCAGGCGAGAAAGGGUCUUCAGGGACCGGUUGGACCCACUGGCCUUCCCUGAUGACCAUCUAUAUGAAAGAUACAGGUUUUCUGCAGAUGGCAUCAGGUAUCUAUGCAGACUACUGGGUCCCAGGAUUAAGCACCGCACUGCACGGAGCCAUGCACUGAGUGUGGAGCAAAUGGUUUGUGUGGCCUUGCGCUUUUUUGCUAGUGGAGCCUUCCUGUACUCAGUGGGGGAUGCAGAACAGCUGAACAAGGCCACAAUUUGCCGCACAAUAAGGAGUGUGUGUCUGGCUAUCAAAGCAUUAGCAGAUGUCUUCAUCUCCUUCCCUGGCCACAGAAGACUCUGUGACAUCAAAGAGGAGUUCUAUAGGAUUGCAGGUUUCCCCAAUGUCAUUGGUGCAGUGGACUGCACACACAUAAGGAUAAAAGCCCCCUCAGGUGCCCAUGAGGCCGAUUUUGUGAAUAGGAAAUCCUUUCACAGCAUUAAUGUUCAGAUGGUCUGCAAUGCUGACUGUGUGAUCAGCAAUGUUGUGGCAAAAUGGCCUGGCUCAGUCCAUGACUCCAGAAUCUUUCGGGCCUCUGAAAUCUAUCAGUGCCUAUCACAAGGUGAAUUCUCUGGUGUGUUGCUGGGAGACAGGGGGUAUGGCUGCCAGCCUUUUCUCCUGACACCUUUCACAGACCCCCAGGAAGCACAGCAGGCCUACAACCAUGCCCAUGCCAGGACCAGGGCCAGAGUUGAAAUGACCUUUGGCCUCCUGAAGGCACGCUUUCACUGCCUUCACAAAUUAAGGGUCAGCCCUGUUAGGGCAUGUGAUAUUACUGUGGCUUGUGCUGUCCUCCACAAUGUGGCCUGCCUGAGGAAGGAGAGGGCCCCCAGAGUGCCACCAGCCAUGGACUGGGACAAUCCGGCAAUCUUCCCUGAUGACGACAGUGGUCGGCUGCUGAGGGACCAAUAUGUGUUGAAUUAUUUUAGUUAGUAUGUGUGCUUUCAAUUUUGGUUAAAUAUGUCCU